AUGGAUUCCGACGAUGAACGGUUCCAAGAAGUGGUAGAUCUGGAGUUCCAAAACCUGGUUGCAGCGGUGCAACAGGAAGCUGACGAGGCGGAGGCGGCGGCGGAGGUUGCGGAGGAGGCGGCGUCUGCGGUAGCAGUCCCUCGGCCGUUCUAUCAUCGGCGGUAUAUCGACCUUGACCAUUCCGGGGCUGACCGCCGGUUGAUGGAAGACUACUUCAGCGAGAACGGCCGUUAUCCGGCAGAGAUUUUCCGUCGGCGUUUCAAAAUGUCGCAACAACUCUUCGUCCAUAUAGCUACGUGUUUGGCACAGCAGUUCAAGUGCUUCAACUUGCGAUAUGAUGCCACCGGCCGACCCGGCUUGUCGACAUAUCAGAAGUGUACAGUGGCAUUUAGGCAGCUUGCCUAUGCCGGGCCCGCUGACAUGUUUGACGAAUACCUGCAGAUGGGUGAAACGACUGCCCUACAGACGUUGAGGCAGUUUUGUAGGGGCAUUAAGGAUAUCUUCAAAGGGGAGUUUCUACGGAAGCCAACGACCGAUGAUUGCCAGAGUCUGAUUGAUAUGCACGGGACUCCGACGAAGGAUUUUCUGCAGAGCGAUGGACACCGGAAGAUGGUGCUAGUUCAAGCUCGGGUAUUUCCAUGGAGCCCCUGCAGAUGGGUGUACCACGUUCUAAUGAAUACUUGA